AUGAGGAUAAAGAGAAAUGAUGGGAGUGGCAAAUGGUACGUGUCUCGGUUUGUGGAUGAGCAUAUUUAUGAACUCGCAUCUGGCAAGUUCGUUGAUUACUUGAGGUCACACAGGCGGAUAUCUGAAGUAGAGAUUGCACAAAUGACUAGCUUGAUGGAGGUUGGUAUCAACAUUCCUAAAAUAUAUGAAUUCUUUGUGGCACAGGUUGGGGGUUUUAACCUUGUGACAUUCACAAAGCAAGACAUGUAUAAUGAGGUGAGGCGACAAAGAGGAAUGCAAAAUGGAGAUGUAAGCGCUGCAAUUCGAUACUUGGAAGGUGUUUCCCGUGUAGACAACAGAAUGUUUUGGAGGUACAAGGUUGGAUCUGAAAACAAUCUUUGUGACCUAUUUUGGAGUGAUGGGCGCAGUCAUUUCGACUAUGCAAUAUUCAGAGAUGUUCUUGCCUUCGAUGCUAAUUACAGCCGAAACAAGUACAAUUUGUCUGUUGUUGUUCUCGGGAGUUAA